AUGGACCAAGCUGACGUCCCCGCCCUUCUGGCGCGGCUGUCCAGCGACGAAGAUGCCGCGCGCAAAAUGGCCGUCUUCAAACUCCAAACCUCCAUCAACGACCCUUCGUUUGCCGACGUCUUCUUGUCGUCUGGCGGUCUCGUCGUCCUGCGCGGCCUGAUCAUGGAAUCCGGAGGAAACACGUUGGCCUACUCGCUGCAGAGCCUCACGCGCCUCCUCGAGGUCGAUAUGGGCUGGGACAUCUUCGAGGGGCCGUCGGCGAGUGCCUUCGUCGAACGCAUCGUGGAGCUCAUUGUCGUGAACCCGCUGGUUAAUAUCCUCCGUGGAGCAAUGUCAGUUCUUGUAGCUCUCGUCGGCCAUUCCCAGUCCAGUCCGCCCGCGAGCCCCAAUCCCAGCCCCGUUGGGCCAACACCAGGCUCCUUCGGAUUCCGCGCCCUCAAGCCAGCCGUUGCCGUCUACCCGCAGUUCUUCGAAUUGGUCAUCCAGCAGUUGCAGAGUGCCGAUCACGCGCUGUGCGCAAAUGCCCUCAUGCUCAUCAACGCACUUAUCCGCGAUUCCAUCUCCAACAGUUCUGCAUACUCCAACGCAAACGACAGCGCAGGGAGCGGUGGCGAGAAUUGGGCAAAGCUGGUCAAGUGCUUGCAGGACCUGGGUCUCAUAAAGGCCGUCUAUCAGCUCAUGCAGAGCUCCUCAAUACAGGACCUGGCGCAUCCCGCGCCGGAAUUUCAGUCGCUCACCAAGGUGCUGCUGCGGAAGUGGCGGGAGGUUGCCGUUGACCUGGAACGUCCAGAACAUAGACGAGCGUUGAAAGGCAUACACUUGGCCAGCGCCCCCGAACGCGCUGUCAAUGGACUGUCAAAAGACGACGCGGCAGACGGCGGCAAGAAAGACGGCCGAAAACACAACCCAGAGAAGUGGCGGCGACUUGGCUUCGAAACGGAGAGUCCUGCGCAUGAAUUCGAUACCGCGGGCUACCUAGGCAUGAUGGACCUUACAGACUAUGUGCGGACGCACGAAGACGGCUUCCAGAAGCUGUUGCUUGAACAAGCCACAAGGCCACCUCCGGAACGAUGUCCCAUGGCAAGAGCGAGCUUGGCUGUAACCAUGAUCUUGUAUCACCACUUCGAAGUCGACGGGGUCGAACUCGAGGACAGCAAGGGAUAUCAGGGGCUGGAAGGGAAGGAUCAUGACAGGUUAUUCCGGCCGCUGCUGCUGCAGUGGUCUCGCUUACACGCCGCCGGCUUAUUGGGUUUCCUGCGCAUAUGGAAGGCUACUGGUGCCCGGUCGGAUGACUUUGAAAAGGUGGCAGAGCUCGUCCGUAUUCUCGUCGAACAGGUCGUCGGUCAAGCGUCCCGGACAAGGGACAUUUUGGAGGUGGAGGACGAUUUCCUCGAGUAUGACGUUGCUCGGCUUCGGGAGCUGCAGAUGGAACUGUUGGAGCUGUCUUUCGACGAGACAUGGGGCCAUCACCUGUACCAAGUACGCGAGACGCUGAGGCAGGAGGCUCUGCAGUUCGUCAAGGAGCAGCGGGUGAGGUGCCUGCUGCAAGGCUCGUGGUUCUACAAGCCGGCGUCUCACAAGAGGGACCAACAAGACGCAGGCGAUGCCAAGUCCGUCUUGCCGUGGCGUUUCGCCAAGCUAUCACACAACCGCCGAUAUCUGCAUUACGCAGAUUUCGACGCCCAAGCGGCCCAGGAUCCGGGUCUGGACGUGCUGACCAACAAGAUUGACUUGGGCACCGUCAGCUCCGUCGGCUCCAACGUGUCGGCAACGGACGACAGGAGAAGUCACGCAAGUGGCUCCACGGUGCAAAACCUGGCCUCGCAUUCCAAGGCCACCACCAAGAUUACCAUCUAUGCAGGUGAAAUCAACAAGCACGGCGAGGCGGACGAAUACCCAAUCUUGACGCUGUGGCCGACCAGCCACAGCCUGGCGUCGGAAUGGCUGGACGGGCUGCUCAUGCUGCUCAACCAGGCUCCAAUUACGGCGGAGACGAGCAAGCUGAUCAACCUGGUGAGCGAAUACGGCCUGAAGAUCCGGCUACUCAACGUCCGCAUGGACUCGGCGUUUGAGGGACCUCCUCCGGGCGCGGGAGUGGUGCCUAGCCGAGCAGGACUUGACGAGGACUACUUCUUCGAGGUGUAG